AGCGAAUAGGAUAUCGUCCUAGCCUAUUGGCGUGCAGGGAAAGGGAACUACCCGAUUUUCUGAACAGGCAAGAAACGUCAUCAACAUUUUCCUCUAUUUAAACGGUGGCGAAUGAAGAGGUCAUUGCUUUAAAAAGGGCAGAUUUAUUCGGGUAAAGAAGAAACGUCGAAGGCAACAAAAAAAAACGUUUUUGAGGACUUCUCAGCUAUUAUAAAUGGGGGACUACGGGUUUGGAGUUCUGGUGAAGAACGGCAGUGGUAACAAGUCUGCUUUCCCUGUAAGGAUCCCUCCACACCUCCAGCCCCCUCACCACCCUUCCAACCCUCCCAGCCCCCCUUCCUUCGUAAAUAACACCUGCUCUUCCAAUGGGGGCAGUGCUUGGCUCUUCCCUGCAGUAGCCCAACACAGUAACAUGCAAGAUGAGAUUCUGGAGGCUGACAAGUCCAAGGCGUUGGACCUCCAGGACAUGCCGGAGAAGUCUCAGGGUCAGUCCCAGUCCCUCGCCCCGGCCCAGCAGGAGGCCGGCAGUGGUCUAGGGGACCUGGAGGGAGGGCUGCCUGAUGACACGCUGGAGAAGGGCUCCUUGGAGAGCAGCGCGGGGAAGGACAAGCUUAGGAUGGAGUCGCCGGUGCUGGGCGGGUUCGACUACCAGGACACCCUGGGGAUGGGCACUAGCUGUGCGCCCUCCACCUCGUCCACCUCCUCCCUGACGAGCUUCAACAACUGGUCCGCCGCCGUGCCGUCCAACCCCUCCUCAGUAGUGGGCGAGGACGUGGGAGGGUUCUUCGGUCCGGCUGGCUCCAACGCCAAUGGCCCGCCCCUCCUCUUCCAGAACUUCUCCCACCACGCCGGACCGGGCUUCGGCGGCGGGGGCAGCUUCUCCCCACAGAUAGGGCAGGUGUCCCAGCACCACCCCGCCCCUCCACCGCCCCACCCUCAACACUACCACCCCCACAGUCAGGGCAUGCCGCCCCAGCAGCACCGACGCUCUCCCGCGAGCCCUCACACCCCACAGCCCUCCUUCCCUCAACACCCCCACCGCGCCGGGGCGUUCACCCAGCUGCCCCACCUGGCCUCUGCGCAGAGCAAACCCCCCUCCCCCUGGGGGAACUACCAGAGUCCCUCCACCCCCAACUCUACAUCCUGGAGUCCCAGUGGGGGCUACGGUGGUUGGGGAGGAACCCAGGGGGUCCGGGACUAUCGCCGGGGCCUUAACGGGGGACUGACGGCCCUGAACUCAAUCUCCCCUCUGAAGAAGUCCUUCCCUAGCAACCAGAUGCCCUCUCAGAAGUUCCCCAGGAACGGAUCUGGGUUCAACCACAAAUCCUGGAUGGAGGACACGAUGGGCCGCAACGACAGUGGCUACCCUUUUCAGCAGGAGAGAACCCGCUCCUUUGAUGGUUUCAGCAUGCAUUCUCUGGAGAACUCUCUGAUUGACAUUAUGAGGGCUGAGCAGGAUUCCUUGAAAGGUCGCUAUGGAUUCACUCACCAGUCCGAAGGGCCCCUGCCUAUGAAUGCCAGGAGUUAUGGCAGACGACGAGGCCACUCCUCUCUCUUCCCCAUGGAGGACGAGCGCACCUUUGGAGAGGAGGAGCCUGGCGACCAGGGGCUCUCUGGCCUGGGCCCGGCCCACUGCUUCCCCCAUCUCAAUGGGGAGCGCGUGGAGCGUUACUCCCGGAAGGUCUUUGUUGGAGGGCUACCCCCGGACAUCGACGAAGAUGAAAUCACUGCCAGCUUCCGUCGGUUCGGUCACCUGUUUGUGGACUGGCCUCACAAGGCCGAGAGCAAGUCGUAUUUCCCACCUAAAGGGUACGCGUUCCUCCUCUUCCAGGACGAGAGCUCUGUUCAGGCUCUGAUUGACGCCUGCAUCGAGGAGGACGGCAAGCUGUACCUCUGCGUCUCCAGCCCCACCAUCAAGGACAAGCCUGUCCAAAUCAGGCCCUGGAACCUGAACGACAGCGACUUUGUAAUGGACGGUUCUCAGCCACUAGACCCAAGGAAGACCAUCUUUGUCGGGGGGGUCCCUCGUCCCUUGCGUGCGGUGGAGCUAGCGAUGAUCAUGGACCGUCUGUAUGGUGGCGUGUGCUACGCCGGCAUCGACACGGACCCUGAGCUGAAGUACCCCAAAGGGGCAGGCCGCGUGGCCUUCUCCAAUCAGCAGAGCUACAUCGCUGCGAUCAGCGCUCGAUUCGUUCAGCUGCAGCACGGAGAGAUCGAUAAGCGGGUGGAAGUGAAGCCAUACGUCCUGGACGACCAGCUGUGUGACGAGUGCCAGGGCACGCGCUGCGGCGGCAAGUUUGCGCCGUUCUUCUGCGCCAACGUCACCUGCCUCCAGUACUACUGCGAGUACUGCUGGGCGGCCAUCCACUCCAGGGCCGGCCGCGAGUUCCACAAGCCCCUGGUGAAGGAGGGGGGGGACAGGCCACGACACAUCUCCUUCCGCUGGAGCUAAGCUGACCGGGAGUGGGAUAAGUUGGAUGGAUGAGGGGGCGGGUGGAUUGCGGGUGGGAGAGCGCGGGGAGGUGCAAUGGGAGGAGGGUUAAAGAGAAAGGGGAAUUUAGGGAGGGGUUUCUGGGUUAUUCUAUAGAAAUUAAUGCACUUUUCUUUUGCUGGUUCCUUCUUUUUUUCUUUUUUUUUCUUUUUUUUUAAGGAAAAAAAGAUUUCAAAAUGUAAUUUAAUUUAUUUUUCUGACUUUUUUUUAAUCAGGCCUUACAAAAAUAAGUAAUUGCUAAGAGAGAAAAAAAAGUGAAAUCUCAUUUAUGUUUUUGAGUUUUAAGUUAAAGGUGUGCAUGAGUUUCUGGAUGCAUUAGAUUUGGAAUUAGAUGUUUUUUCUGAUUAACUGUACCUUAUUUUCUUGCAUUAGCUGGCAAAGCUGCUUACAUUUUUUGUCAAGAGUAACAUACAAUUUGAGUGAGGUGUGUCGUACCUAAAUCAGUAUAAUGACUAUGGAAGUUGCGUUUAAGAAGAGUGCAUUUUGUUAGUUUUUUGCAUGCAGGACUAGAGGACAACUGUACAACUUACCAAAGGCUGAGCGUAAAUCGUUGGGUAGGGAAAGACUUCAGAGGGCUGGAUGACUGGACUCCUCAAGCGGUCCAGAUAUAUAGCAUAACGCUACGUCAUAAAACAACAUCUCUUCUUAGUCCCGGCCACCCUCUUUUUUAGAUUGUUGCAAGAGCUUUUAGGUCUUGGGUUAAUACAAAAACUAACUAAACACUUUGUGACCAGAAAGGGCAAACCAAAGAUUGGCCUACAACAAGUUAUCAAAAGCAGAUGUUGACCAGAGGGGUAUAUCAGGAGGGACGGCGCAUGCUUUCGUCGUCAAGCAGAGGACCUUGUCUUUGAGUUUAUGAUCGUUUAAGGGGGAGGGGGGGGGGGGGGGGGUUGGUGGAUUAAGGCAUAGCCCUCACAUGGGGCUCAGGUAUUGGCAGUAGUAUUUGCUCACUUUAUAUUGUCAGGGAUAUUAGCACUGGAAGCUAACAUGCUAAUGUAGUAUAAACGAAUGAGAAUGCACAGCCCAGUCUCCCCUGAGCUGUCUUUUGGCGGCGUUCCACUGCACGCUCCAUCAGGGCCGGCGCUUGUGUCACUGAGGUUGUGGUUGAAUACAGUAGUAGCUGGACACUCUUUGAAGAAUUUGCUGUCACAGAGAUAAAGAUAUUAUUUUAUACAUGGCCUGCUGAUUUUUGUACAGUGUUUUUAUAGCUGAUUAUUUUGUCAUGAACAUAUAUACAUUUAUUAUGCACUACUUUUCUAAAUAUUUUUUUCAAUAGUCAUUUUAGGCACAUUUUUCACAGAUGGGAGAACUCCUUUUGCAAUACCUCAUUUUUUUCACUUGGUAAAAAUAAUUUUAUACCUUUGUUACUAAGAGAUCUGCAUUUAUGGUAAACUUAAUUUAAAAAGAGAAAAAUGAUAAUAUAAUUUUCAAUUUAGCUUUUAUAUAUUUAAGUGCUGAUAAAUCUCAGUUGUUUGGUGCAUUGGUGUGAUUCUGUAGAGGAAAAAAAAAGAUAAGAGGCUAGUGUUGGCCAACCGUAUACAAAUUCUUCUCAGUCCUAAUGAAUAUAAUUACAGGAUCCUAUGGCAUGGCAAGAUCUUUCUAAAUGGAUUUUGAUAGUCUUGAAAAUAUAUUCUGAUAUUUGCUUCUAGUCGUAGUUGAUAAGAAUAUUAUAUGGUAAAUGUUUUGGCUUUUCGGUCGAUGUGAACUCCCCAACCUACCCCCCUCAUUGUAUCACCAGAAUGAAUGACGGCUGUUUAAAUAUUUAGAUCUUCUCCUCGGCAUGCAUGAUGAUAAAGCAGAGUAACAUGGCUAGUGUUCAUACAGGACCUAUUGUAACGCACUACAGCUCCCGCCAUCGUUUCACUUUACUUGACCGAUUUUCUUUAUUUUUUUAAUCCUCGUCGAUCACUAUCCUCUCUCUCUGUCUCUGUCUCUCUCUGUAUACACCGGUAUCGUCUGCAUUGCUCACACAUAGACACGUCGUUUAAUGCAGACCCCACCUCGACGACGCCUCAACUCGGGAGGACACUCGGUAUGUAGGGGUGUCUUGUUAGUGAAGGGCGACGAGCGUCUGACCUCCCACCCUCCUUUUGUGAUGUGGCAUGCUUUGGGACAUAACCUGAAUGUGAUUGAUGUUGCAAGUUAACUUUGAGCCAUUAUGUGCAAUACUUAUCCUUUCCAGAAGAGUUAUUCGCAGUGUAAAUCAUUUAAUUCACACAAAUCACGCAAUCAUUUAUCCCCCUUUUCCUCCCCUAUAAUUUAUGCUGGUGUCUGCAAGGAAAAAAUAAGUCUUUCUACUAAUUUAUACCUGAAUUUAUUUUUAAACAUUAGUUUUGUGCUUAUUUACUUAUUUUGCUACUACCAUGCUACUGUGAUUGAAAACAUUGUAAAUACUAGGUUGAUAAUGUAUUAAGCAUUUGCUAUUUUUUCAAUUGAAAUGUAUAACUUUAAUUUUGAGCAGAUCUUUGUUAUAUUUUUUGGGGUGUUGUGUUAAACUUGUGUCUAGUUUUUCUAAUUGCUGUACUGUGCUCCACGUUUUCAGAUGAAAAGAAUAUUGAUAUGUUUGUUAGUAUUACUUGAUUGCAAAAAUUUCAAUAGUUUUUAAUUGUAUGCUGGGAAGGUUUUAUUUAUUAACUUUUUUUACUUUUAUCAUUUGGAUUUUUAUUAAGUCAUUUCACAUUUAUAAGUUCUAAUUUUUUAUUUUCCUCCUGAUUGCGUUGCGCUACAAUACAGACGUCAGUUUUUACAGUUGGUUUGUAGUAUUGAAGUAAGAGACGAAGAUCCAAUGUCAUUCAUUUGCAGCCAACUAUAACUGUAUGCAUACAUUUGAAGUAUUUGUAAUGUGAGAUGUUGAAUGAAUAAAACAACUGUGAGGAA